AUGGGCUCAAUCAAGCAGACCUCGGCGUUCGAGAGAUCGCAGUUCAUCCCGCCCGACGCCAUCUUCGACGUGACCAGGCGCUACCUCGCCGACACGGACCCGAACAAGGUGAACCUCGGCCAGGGCACAUAUCGCGACGAGAAUGGCCGGCCCUGGAUCCUGCCUUCAGUAAGAGCGGCUGAGGCAGCCCUCGGAGAGCCAGGACACGAGUACCUCCCCAUCGCAGGAUUCAAGCCGUUCCGCGACGAGGCCGUCAAGCUCGUCUUCGGCCCAACCAAGGCCUACGCAGAGAACAGGGUCGCAUCAUGCCAAUCCCUCUCAGGCACCGGCGCCCUGCUCCUCGCCGGCCUCGCGCUCAAGAAGGCCGACACGGGCAUCAAGACAAUCUACAUCACCGACCCGACCUGGUCCAACCACGACCUGCUCUUCGCCUCCAUGGGCUUCGCCGUGAAAUCCCUGCCCUACUACAAGGACCGCGCCUUCGACUUUGACGGCUACAUCGCCACCCUCCGCGCCGCCGAGCCCGGCUCCGCCGUCAUCCUGCACGCCUGCGCGCACAACCCGACCGGCUGCGACCCGUCCCAGGACCAGUGGAAGCAGAUCGCGGCCGUCAUCAUCGAGCGCGGCGUGUUUCCGGUGUUCGACUCGGCGUAUCUCGGCUUCAACUCGGGCAACGUCGACGAGGACGCGUGGGCGAUCCGCUACUUUGUCGACGAGCUCGGCCUCGAGGCCGCCGUGUGCAUGUCGUUCGCGAAGUCGAUGGGCCUGUACGGCGAGCGCAUCGGCGCCGUGACCUUUGUCGCGAACUCCGCAGAGACUACCAGGACGGUGAACUCGAUCCUGGAGAACGUGCAGCGCGCGACGGUGUCGAACCCGCCGGCGUUCGGCGCGCGCAUCGCGGCCAAGGUGCUGGGGACCCCCGAGAUCAGGGAGCAGUGGGCGAAGGACCUGGUCACGAUGUCGGGCCGCAUCCGGGCGAUGCGGAAGAAGGUGCAUGAUGAGCUGGUGCGGCUGCAGACGCCGGGCGACUGGUCGCAUAUCGUCAAGCAGAGCGGCAUGUUUGGGUACACGGGCAUCAGCAAGGCCCAGGUGCAGCAUCUUGAAGAAAAGUAUCACGUUUACAUGGCCGAUACAUCACGAAUCUCGAUUGCUGGGCUGAACGAGAAGAAUGUCGAGUACUUUGCAAAGGCGCUGGAUGACACUUGUGUCGCCUCCGUCCCCGGUCAAGAUGACAUCCUCGUCAAGCUGCUUUCCGUCGAUCCCGCCAACUACCCCGAUGCCCCCGCCGAGGCCAUCAGAAGAGUGCUGGAGAAGGCGACGGGCAAGGAGUACCCGAAGGGAAAGAAGAUUUCGCUGAGAGGCGUUGGAUCUAUCAAGAUGGGCACGACGGUCGCCACAAAUGCGCUACUCGAGAGGAAAGGAGAGCGCACAGUAUUCGCAGUCACAAAGGGUCUUAGGGAUCUGCUUCACAUCGGCAACCAAUCAAGACCGAAACUUUUCGACCUCGCCAUCCGCAAACCCGACGUCCUAUACUCCAAGGUCAUUGAGAUUCCAGAGCGAGUGACCCUCGAGGCGUGGUCAGAGAGCAACAAGCCCGAGACCAUCGACAUCGACUCAGAUCCCGCUCUCGUCAAGGGCGUCACCGGCGAGGCCGUCCGUGUUCUCGAGCCUCUAGACCUCGAGGCUUCAAGAAAAGCCCUCCAGGAAGCAUACGACGAAGGCUACCGCUCCAUCGCCGUCUGCCUCAUGCACAGCUACACCUUCCGUGACCACGAGGCCGCGAUAGCCCAGCUCGCCGCCGACAUUGGCUUCACCCACAUCUCCCCCAGCGCCGAGCUCUCCCCCGUCGUCAAGAUCGUGCCGCGCGGUAACUCUUCAACGGCGGACGCCUACCUCACGCCCGAGAUCAAGCGGUACAUCGCCGGCUUCGAGGCUGGCUUCGAGGACCUGGGCACGAGCGGGUGCCGCUGCGAGUUCAUGCAGAGCGACGGCGGUCUGGUCGAGUUCUCGGGCCUGUCUGGCUUGAGGGCGAUCUUGUCGGGCCCUGCUGGUGGUGUCGUUGGAUACGCGAGGACGUGCUACGAUGAGCUUGACAAGACUCCCGUUAUUGGAUUCGAUAUGGGCGGUACGAGUACCGACGUCUCGAGAUACGCGGGCGAGCUGGAACAAGUAUUCGAGACAACAACCGCGGGCGUUAUGGUCCAGACGCCACAGCUGGACAUCAACACCGUCGCAGCGGGCGGCGGCAGCAUCCUGAGCUGGCAAAGUGGCAUGUUCAAGGUCGGCCCUGAGAGCGCCUCAGCCCACCCCGGUCCGGCUUGCUACCGCAAAGGCGGUCCCCUUACCGUCACGGACGCAAACCUCGUCCUCGGCCGUCUGCGUCCCGAGUUCUUCCCCAAGAUCUUUGGUCCCAAUGAAGACCUGCCCCUGGAUGUCGAUGCCAGUAGGCGUUUGUUCAAGGAGCUCACCGCCAGCAUCAACAAAGAUGAGAACACGAGUCUUAGUGUGGAGGAAGUUGCCGCAGGCUUCCUCGACGUCGCCAACGAGUCAAUGUGCCGCCCAAUCCGCACCCUUACAGAGGCAAAGGGCUACGACGCCGGCCUCCACAACCUCGCCUCCUUCGGCGGCGCCGGCGGCCAGCACGCCUGCGACAUCGCCAAAACCCUGGGCAUCUCCCGCGUCCUCGUCCACAAGUACUCAUCCGUCCUCUCCGCCUACGGCAUGGCCCUCGCCGACGUCGUCCACGAGGAGCGCUCCCCCUGCGCCCUGGCCUACUCCGAGGCCAACCUGCCCGUCUUCGCCGCCGAGCUCGACAAGCUCGUUGCCAAGGCUUCCGACAUGCUCCUCAUGCAGCGCAUCCCCGAGGCCCGCAUCGACGCCGAGCGCUACCUCAACAUGCGCUUCCACGGCAGCGACACCCCGCUCAUGAUCCAGGAGACCGCGGCCGGCGGCUACCUCGAGGCCUUUAAGGCCGCCCACCAGAAGCAGUUCGGCUUCCUCCCCGUCGGCAGAGACGUCAUCAUAGACGACUACCGCGUCCGCGCCAUCGGCCGCACGACCGUCAAGCUGCCCACCCCCUGGCCGGCCGAGCUCGCCGCGCAGAAGGCCGUCCCGGCGCCCGCGGCCAAGACCACGAAGAAGGUCUACUUCAAGGGGCUCGGGUGGGCUGACACGCCAGUGUACGGGCUCGCCACGCUGGCGCCGCACUCGCGCGUCACCGGCCCCGCGCUCAUCAUGGACGACAAGCAGACCAUCGUCGUCAUCCCCGACGCCGCGGCGACGGUUCUCUCGGAGAACGUCGUCAUCGACGUCAAGGUCGGGACCAAGGAGACCAUGUCCGCGACGACGGUCGACCCGAUCCAGCUGUCCAUCUUCGGGCACCGCUUCAUGGGCGUCGCCGAGCAGAUGGGCCGCGCGCUGCAGAAGACGAGCGUGAGCACCAACAUCAAGGAGCGGCUCGACUUUUCGUGCACCGUCUUCUCGCCCGAGGGCGGGCUGGUCGCCAACGCGCCGCACGUGCCGGCCAUGAUCGGAAGCAUGGCCUUUGCUGUGAAGUGGCAGAUUGACCACUGGGCGGGCAACCUCAAGCCGGGCGACGUCAUCCUGUCGAACGCCCCUGUGUGCGGAGGCACCCAUCUGCCCGACCUGACGGUCAUCACCCCCAUCUUCGACGCCGAGGGCAAGAAGAUCAUCUUCUGGACCGCCUCGAGAGGCCACCACGCCGAUGUGGGCGGCAUCCUCCCGGGCUCCAUGCCGCCCAAUUCCAAGGAGCUCUGGGAGGAGGGCGCCGUCAUCAAGGCGUUCAAGGUCGUCGAGGGCGGCGUCUUCAAGGAGAAGGAACUCACCGACCUCCUCAUGGCACCGGCUCACUCCCCGGGCUGCCAGGGAACCAGAUGCCUCCGCGACAACAUCUCCGACAUCAAGGCCCAGGCCGCGGCAAACCGCCGCGGAAGCCAGCUGAUCCACUCCCUGAUCGAGGACUACGGCAUCGACGUCGUCCAGUUCUACAUGGAAGAAAUCCAGGGCGCCGCGGAGCGCGCCGUCCGCGACAUGCUCAAGACGAUCCACGCCCGCACCGACGGCACGCCCCUUUCCGCGAUUGACUACAUGGACGACGGCACGCCGAUCCAGCUCCAGGUGACCAUCGACCCGGCGACCGGCGGCGCCGUCUUCGACUUCGACGGGACCGGCCCCGAGGCGUACGGCAACUGGAACGCGCCCAUCGCCAUCUGCAACUCGGCCAUCAUCUUCGCGCUGCGCUGCAUGGUCGACGCCGAGAUCCCGCUCAACCAGGGCGCCAUCCGGCCCAUCGACGUGCAGGUCCCCGAGGCCUCGCUGCUGCGCCCGACCGAGCACGCCGCCGUGUGCGCCGGCAACGUGCUCACCUCCCAGCGCGUCGUCGACGUCAUCUUCAAGGCCUUCGGCGCCGCCGCCGCCAGCCAGGGCUGCAUGAACAACCUCACCUUCGGCACCGACGACCCCGAGACCGGGUUCGGGUACUACGAGACCAUCUGCGGCGGCGCCGGCGGCGGUCCGACUUGGGACGGCGUCAGCGGCGUGCACACCAACAUGACCAACACGCGCAUCACGGACCCGGAGUCGCUCGAGCGGCGGUACCCCGUCAUCCUGCGCCGGUUCUGUCUCAGGGAGGACAGCGGAGGCAAGGGUGCCCACCCGGGUGGUGACGGGAUUAUCAGGGACAUCGAGUUCGGCAUCCCCAUCAAGGCGAGCAUCCUCAGCGAGAGGCGGUCGUUUGCGCCGUACGGGCUGAGGGGCGGUGAGGACGGCCAGCGGGGGCGUAAUGUGUGGAUCAAGAAGAGCGGGAGGGUCGUGAACCUGGGCGGUAAGAACACCGCCAUGAUGGAGGCGGGCGACCGCAUCGUGGUCAUGUCGCCUGGCGGUGGCGGCUGGGGCAGGCCCGAGGAUCGGGUCCAGGGGGAGCAGAAGCAGGUGAAUGGGUUUGUGGGCGUGGCGAACGGGACGGUUGAUAUGAUUCAGAGCAUGGGAGAGUCUGCCUAA